UCAGCGUCCUGCAUCAUUGCGUCGCGCUCUCGUUCAUUUCCAGAUUUGAGCCAACUUUGGAGAAUGAGUUCAACCUCAAACACGACGCCACAUCGACUCAUUAAAAACGUGUUCCCUUUCUCAAGAGCUUCAACUCAUAUCGUCUGAUAUUUUAUAUAGGAACCCAAUCCACCCUUGAAAUCCGGCCCACCCAAUGCCUGCGCGGGAUGAGGUCAACCUCACUCUCUGCCUCCAAGACAAUUUCAAUUUCCUCUCUCAUCCCUCGGUAGCCGGGCAUCGUUAUUAAGUCUUUUGCACACACUAUGGCUGCCAAGAUGUCAGUUAAACGCACCAUGACCUUCAGCGACAUAACAGACACUGACCAGAUCAGCUUCGUAUUCGGCAGCGUCGACGGCCAACUUCGGUCAGCAUUCGGGAAGCUCGCAACAUUGCACGCCAAAAACCUAUUUAGCUUCGCGAUAGUGACAGGAAACCUAUUUGGUGCGGAGCAAGAUGACGACCAGCUUGCUGACCUACUUGCCGGGCGGAUCGAGAUUCCGUGUCCGACCUAUUUUACAGUCGGCACCGUUCCCUUGCCUGCGUCCGUCAUCGAGCGAAUCGAGAAAGAUGAAGACAUUGCCCCCAACCUUUACUAUCUUGGCAAGCGCAGCGUUACCAAGACUUCCGAGGGGGUCCGCAUCGUGACCCUGGGCGGCAUGCUUGACCUCAACAUCGUGGCCGGGGUUUCCAAGGAGCAACAUGAUCCAAUCCACACCGAAGGAGACGCCAAGGCGCUCCGAGGAGCUAACGACGCCGACAUACUCCUCACAACCAUGUGGCCCGCCGAGGUCUGGAAGAACAGCUCCAAGGCGAAGGAACUGCAGAUCGGCCCGGACACGGCGCCUUCCAGCCAGACAAUCGCCGAACUUUGCGACGCCCUGAAACCCAGAUAUCACUUUUCCAUGUCGCCUGGUAAUUUCGCCUUUGAGCGCGAGCCCUUCUUUCCCGACGCCGCCCCCGAAGACAAGGACAAGGGCAUCGCCCUUACACGCUUCAUCUCCCUGGCGCCCUGGGCAAACACGGCGAAGGCCAAGUCCAUGUACGCCUUCGCGCUCAACCGAGAAACCGUCAUCACGCCGCCGGUUGGGAGCACCCUCACGCCCUUUUACAAGCAGGCGCCCAAGAAACGCACGGCCGACCAAGCCGGGUUCAGCCGCUUUUCCGACGGCCACCAGGACCACGACCAGCGGCGACGCAGGCACCACCACCACCACCGCCACGAGCGCUCGCCUCCGCCCGGACCGGACCGCUGCUUCUUCUGCCUGUCCAACCCCAACCUGCCCACCCACAUGGUCUGCAGCGUCGGCGAGGACACGUAUCUUGCUACCGCCAAGGGUCCGCUCCCCGCCGCCGACACCUUCCGGGAGCAGGGCAUCGGGUUCCCGGGCCACCUCAUCAUCACGCCGCUCACGCACGCGCCCUCGCUCAGCGCCGCGGCCAUGGGCGACGAGCAGGAGGCCAAGAGGACCUUUGCCGAGAUGGCGCGGUUCCGCGACGCGCUGCAGAACAUGGUGGCGGACGCGUCGGGGCGCAAGCUGGGCGCCGUCACGUGGGAGAUCAACCGGGCGCGCAACAUCCACGUGCAUUGGCAGUUCCUUCCCGUCCCCGCCGAGAUGGUCAGCAAGGGCUUGGUCGAGGCCGGGUUCAGGGUGCUGGCCGAGGACAUGAAGCUGGGUAAGUUCACCGUCAAGGACUUCGGCACCGCCGACGAGGUGCCCGGGGAUUAUUUCAGGGUCUGGAUCUGGGCCCAGGAGGACGGCGAAGACGGCAGCAGCGCUAAGGUGGUGGGCAGCAGCCUGUUGCUACCCUUCGACGAGGGCGUCCGGUUUGACCUGCAGUACCCGCGCAAGGUCAUGGCCAAGCUGCUGGGCCUCGAGGAUCGGACGGUCUGGCAGGAUGUGGUGCAGUCGGAGCAGGCGGAGACCGCGGACGUGGCAGCAUUCAGAAAGGCAUUCAAGAAGUGGGACUUUACCCUGGACACCUAAGUAAAACAGGUGCGCUCGAUCAGCCGCGCAGGCUUUUUUACAUACAGGCACACGCUGAAGUUGACCGGCGUGGAGAGUUCACGGCAGAUGGCGUAACGGAAAACGGAGAUUAAAAAGCAUCGCGAGAACAUUGCAAGGUGCCUCUAAUUACAGGGGGUAGCAUGGUUUUCCCGCAUGAUUGGCCCCGAAAUGACCGUCGGAGCUCAAAGACAUCCUCGCAACCCUCCUAGAAAGCCUGGCUUAUCCUUUCCUUGACCACGUGUGUGAAGAAGAUUCAUAACCUCUAAUUGCGAUCCGCCCGGCCGGAUCGCAUCUGCGAGACAUUCAUUAGUUCGUCGAGUACUGAAGAACCCUGUGUGAAGUUGAAUCAGCGUCCGCUCCCCCAAAC